AUGUCAGCAAAGCCUACACGAGGAACGAGACCCCAUUCUUCGCAUGCUUUCAGUCAGAAGCCAGCAAUCGAUGCUCAACGCCUGGCCAGGUUGGCGACCGAAGAAGCAUAUCAGUUUAUUCGGAACCUUCCCUACGAGGGCGAAGAGAAGCAGUAUUUACUCAAUCUGUUGCACACCCGAUUAGAGCCUCCUUGGGACACAGCUAAUCACUGUACUGUCGUCUUGGGGAGGACAGGACAAGGGAAAACGUCCACGAUUAAUUCCGUUACCGGCCACGACCUCGGAAAUGCCAUAGGCGGAACCAGCAGUGUGACAAAUAUCGUAAUGGAGUUCCGUCAGUGCUACAACGGCCAGAAAACACCAUUCCUGGUUCAGAUAUUCCUCUACAGCAAGCCAUAUGUCAUCAAGAUGUUUGAAGAAGGUCUCCUUGAAUACCGCCAGUGGCGGUCCACCCAACCUGAAACCAAUGACGGAGACGACUCCGAUGACGAGGACAUCGAAACUGCAGAAGCUCCUACUCGGCUAACAACCAUGAUCCUCGAUUUGAAAUUCUUGCGGCAGGAACAAGGUUUCUCUGAUCAUGACGCAGCAGAGCAAUUUCUUGAGAGGUUCGAAGACGUUGAGAUCUUGCGUCUCUUCAAGAAAUGGAUUGACCAUCUUUACCGUGCUAUCCAGGGAGGCGAUGCUAUUUCAAGUAAAAUAGAAAAGGGUUACGCUACAGUGGAUGCUGUAAAAAGGUUCAUCGCUCCCUUCGUCCGGAAAGCAUCAGAACCUUUCGCAGAAGGAACUGACGCAGAGUGCUGUCCGUAUCCACUCGUUGAGAAGGUAGUUAUAGCUUCACGUUCGGAGGUCCUAGACAAAGGAAACAUAAUCAAGGAUGCACCUGGGGUCGGUGACACGAACAAAGCAUAUGUCGAUCGAGCUUACAAGGCCCUGAGAGAUGCUGACAAGAUCAUGAUCGUCUCUGAGAUGAAAAGGUGUCUCGCGAAGAACGAGGUCCUUGCGACAAUCAAGACCGCGCUCAAGAGAAGAGGGCCGGGCAAUGUCCUCCUGGAGAUCGAAGAGAAGAUCAAGACUGAAACCCGCAGGCGUUUCACAAGGGAAGAACGUCAAACCUACGCUUCCCUCGAACGACAGAUCGCACAGAUAAAUAAGGAGCUUCAGCGGCUGAAAGAACAAGAAGAAUAUGCGGACGAAUUGACAACUAAGCGAGAGCUAGAGCGCCAGAUAUGGGGGAAGAAAAAAAAGCGGAAUGAGCUUGGGAAUGCUGAAUUCGAACUCCACGUCGUUGCACGGAACCAACAAACGAUAGUAGACUUCCGUGGAAAGCUAUUGUCCAAGAAAAUCUGGAAGAAGAAUUACCCGAAGCUCGUCAUAAUCUGCAUAGACAAUGAAGAGCACAACAAGUAUGCCCAAGGUUUCCUUCCGUGGACCCCUGAUGAAAGAGAUGAAGCUCCACGACUGUCCCAAGAAGCUACUGGCAUUCCGGCCUUGAGAAGAAUCAUUGAAGACUUCCCUGCCGACGGUAGAUGGGCGAUCUUGAAGCAUCACAUCUACGAAACGUGGGAUUGUACAAUGAAUUCGCUCGAAAUGUCCGGUACUGUCAGUAUGGCGCAGAGAAAAGCUGAAGUUGACGAGCAAUUCGCUGGAAGCUGUCAGAGUAUCGUAACGGACAUUGUAGAGCAAUUCCAGGGCCUCAUGGACGGAUACGUAGAGUGUGCAAAGGAUCAUAUGGUGCAAAAGGAGACAUCAUGGACUGAAGGAGGCGUCAGAAAUCAUGCAGAUUUUCAGAAGUCGAUGAAACCUGCUACACAUCAAAGCCUCAUGAAGAAGCAUGGCCUAACCACUACUGCGAUGGGCGAGUUCGACCUCAAUGAGAAGCUCUACGAGGAGCCACGAAAGGUUAUUUUAACCAGCUUGGAUGAUCUGAGCAAGGAAAGGAUUCCGCAAUUCUUCACUGAGCUGAUCCAAGGUAUUCGUGGCACUGUUGAGGGGCUGUUCAACGAAUUUGAGCGUGAGUCGAUCUUGCAAACAGCACACUUCACCGCUUACAAGGCCUUUCAUUUCCUUUUUACUGACAAGCGACUCAUAGAUGGUCCACAAUAUGACUCCGUAGGCCUCAGUGCGAAGGUACAGGCAGGCAUGCGCGUUCGCCAAAGGAGGCUUGAAACCACUUGUAUUGCAGCGCAGAGAGACGCGACUAGAAUCAUCAGGGACAUACAUGAUCGCGCCUUUGAGACACACGGCAAAUACACGUACUUCUACACAGCCUUCAAGCCUGCCUACGACGCAGCAAAUGGGGCCCAGAAGAUAAAGAAGAAGACCCUCCACUAUGCCCGGUGCAAAGCCUUUGAGCAAGCUCUCACAGUCCCCGACGGGCCGUACUACCAGCUCCACACCACGAUAUUCGAAGAGCUGAUCGAACAUCUCGAGAAUCUGAGAGAAAAGCUCAUUCACGACAUCAAGAGUGUACUUGGGGAGAUCCAGCAUGAGAUCAACAUGGCCUGCUCAAGAAAGGAUGAUAACUCGCCCGAAGCGAAGGCGUUCCGACGGGAAGUCAUGGGACAGAAUGACAAACUCAGGGAACUCUUUGCCAACCGCAUUCGGCCAUGUUUGGACGAAGCGGUGAAGAUGUCUAGGGAGCAACGAGCACAAGAGAGGGCCAAUGAGCGGACACUGAUGGUGUAA